GCGUGCGCGAGCGAGAGCGAGAGCGAGAGAGAGAGAGAUGGAGGGAGGAGGAAAGGUGGUGUGUGUGACCGGUGCUUCCGGUUUCAUAGCGUCGUGGGUGGUGAAGCUCUUGCUCAGCCGUGGCUACACCGUCAGAGCCACCGUUCGAGACCUCGGGGAUCCAACGAAAACAGAUCACGUUCUUACCCUCGAAGGCGCAAAAGAAAGAGUCCAAUUGUUCAAAGCAGACUUGCUGGAAGAAGGGUCUUUUGAUGCAGCCAUUGAUGGCUGCGAAGGUGUCUUCCACAUUGCUUCUCCUGUCACUAUGUCCUCAAAAGAUCAUCAGGCUGAACUGAUCGAUCCGGCGGUGAAUGGAACCAUUAACGUCCUUACAUCAUGUGCAAAAGCUUCCUCUGUCAAGAGAGUCAUUGUGACAUCAUCGACGGCCGCAGUUGUAGUCCGAGAACCCGGGAUAGGGCCCGAUGACACGAUCGAUGAGACCUGCUUCUCUGAUCCUACUGCUUGUGAGAAACAAAAGCUAUGGUAUUCGCUCUCGAAGACGUUAGCAGAGGAAGCGGCAUGGAGAUUUGCAAAGGAGAAUGGAAUCGACAUGGUCACGAUAAAUCCGGGACUCGUGAUCGGUCCUCUUCUUCAGCCGAGGCUCAACUUCUCGGCCGGGAUCGUUCUUGAGCUGAUAAACGGAAAGAACCCGUGGAACAGCAGAAGCUACAGGUUUGUGGAUGUGAGAGAUGUUGCAUAUGCUCAUGUUAAGGCCUUGGAGAUUCCUUCAGCCAGCGGUCGGUACAUCAUCACGGGCCAGAUUUCGACGAUAGACGAUAUCGAGAAGGUUUUCAGAGAAUUUUUCCCCGAGCUGCGGAUUGCUGAUAAGAACGAAGAGAAGGAGGUCUUUCCGGCAAGUUACAGAGUGAAACUGGACAAAGUGAAGAGCUUUGGUUUAGAGUUCACUCCCGUGGCAGUAAGCCUUAGGGACACUUUCUUAAGGCUCAAGGAGAAAGGCUUUCUAUAGCACUCUUUGUGUUUCCAUGAUCUGUCUUUAUAUACAGACAGUUUGUGUUGGGAAUCAUGAAGAAUUCCGGUGUUUACACAUAUUAUCGACAGAUUUUGGGUCUAA